AUGGAAACGGGCGGACAAGAAGGUGGCAUACCAGGAGUUAGUCAAGGGGCUAGGCCAUCCAAUAAGCGUUUACAGCAAACGCAGGCACAGGUGGAUGAAGUUGUUGGCAUUAUGAAGGUAAAUGUGGAAAAAGUGCUGGAGCGUGACCAGAAGUUGUCCCAGUUAGACGAUCGUGCGGAUGCUCUGCAGGAGGGUGCGUCGCAAUUUGAAAAAUCAGCUGCGACGUUAAAGCGCAAGUACUGGUGGAAAAAUAUCAAAAUGAUUAUUGUGAUGUGUACGAUCAUCGUUAUACUCAUCAUCAUUAUUAUUUUUUGGGCUGGCAAUAAAUAA